AUGGCCGCACGCCGCUCCAGCGCUCUCGUCCUCCUGGCGGCCCUGGCUGCUCUAUGCCUGCUGCAGAGUGCUUUCGUCAGCCCUAGCGGCAGCCAGAACCUGCGCAGUGAGGUUUCCCAGGAUGUGGCCAAGGCAGCUGCCGUGGGCGCUGUUCUCGCCACGCCGGAGGCGGCACAUGCCCGGCUGCCCGAGGAGUUCGUGAUCUUUGCCCCGAUCGUUGACGUGCUCCCAAUCCUUCCGGUGUUCUUCUUCCUCUUGGCAUUCCUGUGGCAGGCUGCCGUUGGCUUCCGAUGA